CCUUCAUCUGGCUAAGGUAAUCGUCGUCAUAAACAGCUCAAGGUGAUAACCGACGAAGAGGGUCAACUUCGAAUCCAUGAGAUAGCCCAGACUCGUCAACGGCGACCGAGGAGGGGUCGAAAAACAAUCCCAUCAUUUCAUCCUUCCGCCCAAACCAUCCAUAAACAUCUACUUACGGGUGUGAGUCGAGUGGCAAGGACAGACAAAGGUCUGACCAAGACGAUCAUGUUUUUCCUCAGAGAAUUGACACAUACCAUCCUACUUCAUCCAUCUUAUUUCGGAUCUCAAUUAGAGGAAUAUCUUCGACAAAAACUUUAUGAAGAUGUUGAAGGUACUUGCAGUGGGAAAUAUGGAUAUAUAAUCUCAGUGAUUACCAUAACUUCGAUAGGUGAGGGAAAAGUACUCCCUGGAACUGGACAAGCUAGGUUUAAAACUACUUAUACCGCUAUUGUGAUGAAACCUUUCAAAGGUGAGGUUGUGGAUGGUCAAGUUGUCAAUGUCAAUAAGAUGGGUUUCUUCGCUAUGGUCGGACCACUCCAAGUUUUCGUUUCCUCUCAUCUAGUACAUGCAGAUAUGAAAUUCGAUCCGAAUGCUUCCCCACCAUGUUAUCGUUCAGCAGAUGAGGUAAUACAGAAAGAUUCGAAAGUUAGGAUGCAAAUUGUUGGUUGUCGAAUAGAAGCGAAUGAUAUUUUCGCAAUAGGUACUAUCAAAAAAGAUUUCCUGGGUCAGAUUAGAGACGAUUAACUGGGUUCAUCCUUUCUACAUAUAUUCCAAUCUCCUAUCCUCCGUCAUCAUCCUCUCUCCAAUCGUCAACCUCUUAUGUCUCUUCCACCGUUUCUCUUCCUUCCCAUCUCUCUUCCUUCCCAUCUCUCCGUCUCUCUUUUUUUCCACCUCUCUACCUCUCCAAUUAGUCUUUUACCUUGCUAUGCCAAUAUGCAAAAAGAACGUAUCAUUUCC